AUGGCGGUAUAUUUCGGUCAGGGAGCAACAUAUGAUUCAAUUAACGGGCAGUUCAGGAGGUUUCGGCAAGAUGCGAAUAAGAUGCGUGGUUCUGAAAGUGGCACUGUCCCGUCAACGCCCAGUCGCCGGAGGAAUGUAGCCUCAUCAACCCCCCGCAGCGGCAGAGGUGCCAUAACCAAGUCAGGAUCCGCUAAAAAACCAAACUACAGCAAUUCUAACAUUGAGACACCCACCAAGAAGCGGGAAUCGAAAAUGGACAGCAACAAAGACGAUCCAAUAAUCCUGGACGAUGAUGAGGAGAGCGUCACUACACCACUUGUUAAGCACGAAAUGAGCGAAGUAAAACACGAGAAUCCUGUUAUCAAGGAGGAAGCGAAAGCGGGGGAAGUCAUCUCCAUGACCGAUAUGUUUUCAGCCGCCGCCUCUGCUAAUAAUGAAAAUCCUCAACACGAGAUUGCCGCGACUGGCAAGUCUCCAGCUACUGCCUUUCCUUCCGACACUCCACAUGUGCCAGACGAAGGCCAUCUCUCUAUGCCUCUACCCCCAAAUCGCGUGUUAUUUUUCAACUACGAUGACGAUGAAGAUAUAAUCGUCUAA